UAACGAAGCUCUUAUUUUGAAAUUCCCAGCCGGAACUCAGGAAAAACUCAUUCGGGCUGUGUGGUUUUAUUUUGAAAAGGCUCACCGGAUGUGUGUCGUGUAGUUGUUUUGGCUUGACGGGGCGAUCAGCUGUUCGUGUAGUUGUCAACAUGUCGCAUUAACGGGUAACUCUCCGGUAACUAGCCGGGUUUAACCGGGUGAACGGACGGUCAGCGGGGCUUGGUUUUGGCGGGAGAAUGGAGACGUUCAAUAAGCUAACUAGCAUGCUGCUGCACGCGCUGGAGACGAGGGAGCCUACAGUGGAUCUAUUGGAUUCCUUUGUGGAUCACUGGAAAUCAAUAACUAAUUAUUACAUCGAGACAACAGAUGACAGUCGUCCAGUAAAACAGACAGAGAUUCCCUGGCGUCUCAGACAGAUGUUGGACAUCCUGGUGUACGAGGAGAAACAGCAGGGUGUGGAGGAGACGGGUUCCUGUCUGGAAUAUCUGCUGCAACAUAAACUGUUAGAGACUCUUUGCACGUUGGGAAAAGCUCAGUAUCCUCCUGGUAUGUGUCAGCAGGUCUUGGUGUUCUUCUCUAAGUUUUUGUCUCAGAUGCAGAAAUCUCUGCUGCAGCUGAUCAACGUCUACAGACCUGUACAGAAGCUGAUUCGUCUCUGUGCACUUCCUGGUUCCAAAACUGAGAAGGAGGAAGCUCAGUUCUUAUUGGUCGUCAGCUCCAGAGUCAAACAGGAUCCGCACGUGCUCAGAUACGUCUUAGAGCUGCUCGACCAACCAGCAGCCGGGACGCCAGCCUCCGACCAAUCACAGCUCCGUGAACAAGCCUCCAAUCAAAGAGCAGAGUCACCGUUGCCUUCCAGCCAAUCAGAUUCAUCUGCCUCAAGCCCAGUCCAAUCAGAAGCUUCUACCUGCAGCCCCGUCCAAUCAGAAGCAUCCACAUGCAGCCCCGUCCAAUCAGAGUCCAGCCUGCUGUUGUGUCUGCUGCAGCUCACUAAGAGUCAGAGGGGCUCAGUGUGUCUGAAGGCCUAUCAGAGCCUCCUGCUGCUGGCUGGUCUCCAGUCUGGAUGUUCAGGGGAGAUUCUGGCUCAUCAGACCCAGCUGGGAGAGCUGCUGGCUGGACGGCUGGUGGAGCUUUACUCCCUGCUGCCUCUGGAGAGUCUGGACCCUGCAGAGCUGCACAGCUGGCCUCACACAGCCUGGAGCUCGCAGUUCUCCCGCUGCAGCUCAGAGUCUCCUGCUUCUGAUCACAUGACCAACUUCUUCUGCUGGUUCGACUUCCUGGAUCACCUGAUGAGAGAAGCUCCAGAGGUGUUAGCGGUGCAGGUAGCUCGGUGUGUUCGUCAGUCCUGGUUGGUGGACGUCCUUCAGCCUCAGCUGCAGAACACGUGUGAGCAGGUCGUCCUCUUGUCCACCUCCGUCCUCUGCGCCGCCGUCAGACUCGUCCAAUCAGCGUCUCUACUGGAUCAGCUGAUCCACUUCCUGCUGAGGACGCACACGCUGACACACCUGCUGCUGCAGCGCUGCGACCACAUCUCUGACCAGAUCAGCAUGGUGUCUCUGUCUCUGGUGGAGGAGUUACUACAGAAGCCUCACAGGGACAUUUUGGACGUCCUGGUGCUGAACAACCUGCAGAGUCGUGGUUACGUGUCUCCGCUGGCCGCAGGUCAGGACGACAGGCACACGGAGAGCAACGAGGAGAGCGAUGAUCUGGAGGAGGACCUGUUCUUCUUCUCUGACAGUCUGUUCUCAGACAGUCAGCACCUCCUGCCUCCUCCUCUCUGCUCCUCCUCUGCUCCUCCUCCUCCUCCUCCUGCUCCUUCUGGACACGGAUCAGCUGCUGACGUCGUCAACAGCUUCCUGUGUCUGGUUCCCGUCCAGGUGCGAUCGGCUCAGCUGCUGCAGGAGGGAGGAUACGAGUCGUACGUCCACGACGCUCACACGCUGGUGACGGAGUGUCAGUCUCUUUCUCAGUCGUGGGAUUGGCCACUCAGUCUUCCUCCAUCCUCCUCUUCCUCAGGAGAGGAGAGCAACUUCUUCGAAGGUCACCUCCUCAAAGUCCUGUUUGAUCGCCUGGGACGCAUCCUGGAGCAGCCGUAUGAGUUGAACCUGAAGCUGACAGCAGUUCUGUCCAGACUGUCGUCCUUCAACCACCUGCUGCUGCACGAGUACCUGCUCAACCCCUACAUACACCUGUCUCACGGCUCCAGGUCGCUCUUCUCUGUCCUGAUCAGGGUGAUAAGAGAGCUGAUGCAGAGGAUCCAGCAGGUCUCCAACCUGACAGACAGACUGCUGGACACCAGGAGACACCUGCUGGGACUGAACCACAACACCGGACUGGAACACUUGACCCUGCUGAGAGGAGUCAUCGUCCUGGAGGAGUUCUGUAAAGAGCUUGCUGCCAUUGUCUUCGUUAAGCUGCCCCUGGACCAGCAGUGACUCACCUGGAACAGCAGUGACUCACCUGGACCAGCACUGACUCACCUGGACCAGCACUGACUCACCUGGGACAGGUACUUUCUCAGUAACGAGGGCGAGGUAGACAUUGACAUGUACACCUGGGUAAAGUGGGACAGGUACAGCUUUAAAAGGUACAUCUGCUCUCCACCCUGAGGACACUCUGAUGGCAGAGUAGAGAUGGCUACACCUGGGUCACCUGACACAGGUGAAGCUGAAUAAACAGUUUAUGUUUCUACUUGGACUCUCAGAAGAUGUUUUGGUUUCUUUUACAAACCUGAAGUUUAAAUGUUUCCCUGUGAGAACCUGAUUGAAGCCAGUUUCACCUGCAACAGCAGCAUUUCUGAAGCGACCCUGAGCGCCAUCACAGUGACAUCAAAGUGACAUCACAGUGACAGUCACAGAACACUUUAUUUAUUUUAGUUUUAGAGUUAAUUAUAAUCAAGUGAGGAAACAGAACAGAAACAUUUGUGUUGAUGAUCAGACAGAGUUAUAAAAAUCAGCCAAUCAGAGGCUCCGACAGGGACAUGGGCGGAGCUUCAGAGACAGCAGGUUGGUGUAUAAAGAUGAUGAUUGGAUAAUUACUGAGGGCUGGACCGUCAUCAGUGAUGAUGAAACAACAAAGUUUCACUUCAAGCUUCUGUUUUUUUAAAUUCUGUCUUUUUUUUCAUAUUUUCACAAAACCUUUAUUUAAAACUGCUUUUUAUCCUGACACUUUAUUUAAAACAUUCAUCCCGUUACAUCCUACAAGCCUCACUCUGCAUCCAUUUUCAUUUUAGUUCAUGAGAAGCAGAACUUUAGGACGCGUGAACGACCAGCGAACACAAGAACUCUAUGUCAGUGUUUCCCUCCCUCCAGUAGGGGGCAACAGUGACUUCAGCAGUGACUUAGAACCAUCUGUCAGUCUGUCGGAGAUCCAUUAUUCACAUUUGGCCAACAGCAUAAUCUGAUAUAUAUAUCUAUCAAUCAAUCAAUCAAUCAAUUUUUAUUUAUAUAGCACCAAAUCACAACAAAAGUCG